AUGAAACUGAUUGAUGACUUGCUGAUAAAAGGUGCUACAGGUAGAACAAAGCCAGUUGAGGAGCACAGAUCUAUGUUUCACAAGGUCGCCCAUGAGGUGCUGGUCAUGUUGCGGGUGUGUAAGAUGUUUCAGAUGGGGUCCAGGGCCUGCAUGGAUGUUCAUAUCUGGGGUGCGAUUGAACAAAAGCAAUCAGCUAUUCAAAUUGAAGACGAAAGAAGUGGCCAAGGAAAACUCACCUUUGACUUAAACUACUUCAAAAGGCACAAGGAUAAAUUCCCCAGCAAACUGGUGCCGAUAACGUACAAGAAGCCUGAUUGGAGGACGGAGGAGGAGCUGAAGCAGUUGCGUAACGCUCUGAGCUCUGUGCAGAGCUACCGUCGCUAUAGCAACAACCUGCAGCUGCUCCUAGCCAAAGUCAUCAGACACCAAAAAUUUGGAAGGAGAAGGGUGGUGAUCAAGAAAGGGCACACUGGAAACAGCUUUUACUUCAUCUACUCUGGAGUGGUGGCUGUGACGAAGGAUGAGGAAGGGAGCAGUGCAUUCGUGGAUAAGGAGCCCACUUUAAUAAGAAGAGGAGCUGGGUUUGGCGAGGUGUCUCUGCUUAAAGGAGUGAAAAGAAACGCCACCAUUGUGUGCAUGGAGGAGACAGAACUGCUGGUGGUGGACAAAGAGGACUUCUUUGCAAAGAAGCUGGAUGAGGAGCUGAAGAAGGAGUUUGAGUAUCGGUUCAGCUUUUACAGAUCUUUGGAUCUUCUUUCUUCCUGGAGCUUCCAGAUGAUUGAAUCGAUGGCUGAUCAUUCCAAAACAGAGGUGUUCCACUAUGGGCGGGUUAUAGUCAAGGAUACCAGUGACAUGGCCAAUAUUAUAUUCAUGGCAAAGGGGAGGUGUGAUCUCCUUCACAUAGUGGAUUUAACGACCUGCCACUCCUAUCAUAAAUGGAUUAGUCAACAAACAGAAUUUCUUAAAUGUGACAAAUGUCAGUUUGCAUCUGCGGCAGGUACUGCUGCUGGCACUUGGAGUCCCAGCCCAGCCCCUAACAGAGAGUGGAAGCUGGAAGCGCUGAACAGGAGUACAUGUAACAGAUUGUCUAUGACCAGGUUCCCCAGGCAGGCUGCUCAUCUCCUGACCCCUUACGGAGAGAUCCCCAAAGACCUAGGAGCUGCUGUGUGCAUUAAAGUCGAUUCAAUCCAUCAAGGAGAAAUAUUUGGACUGAAUCAGUAUCUGGGUCCAGACUAUCUGAAUGACAAGCGCAGCAUGAUCUUGGUAAGCCAGGGCGCCGAGAUCCUACGAGUCAAGAGAGAGAAGUUUGACGCACUUGUUGACCAGCCGACUUUAGCAAAACUGAAGAAACUGCAGAAUUCAUACCCCAGUGACGACAUACUUUGCAGUAUUUUCCUUGAACAGAGCCGGUGGAAGAUCUUCAAAAAGGACGUGGUUCAUAUUCUGACUGAGCAGCAAGUGAAACCUGUUCUGGGUCCAGGGUCGCGCCUGUGCUCCAAAGAGCUUGGCUCUCUUCCAGUGGACUUGGAUGCAGCAGGGAUUCUCAACCUCUCCACAAUGAGCAAAAGUAGAAUCAGAAGCGCCAGAGGCCCACAUUGCCAAACAGUGCUGGUGAAAAAAGUAAAGAAAGGCUUAGAGCGGCUGCCCAGCAUUGACCUGCGACUCAUUCACGGAAUCGCCAUACCUCGACCCAACUUGAGUAGACUUUUUGCCUGA